AUGAACAACAUCUUCGGCGUCCUCAUCGCCGCGCUCCUGCUCACGCAGGCCGCGGCUCACACCUGGAUUGAGCAGCUCUCGGUCAUCAAGAACGGCACCUUCACCGGCAACUAUGGCUACCCCCGUAGCUACCUAGCUCGCACUGACCCCGGCUUCAACGGCGGCGCCAGCUCUCAGUGGCUGCUCCCUCCCCUCGACUCCGGCAGGAUCCGCGUCAACUCCGACGACAACCUCUGCCGCAAGGAGCAGCAAACUCAGACCCAAUCCGAGAAGUGGCCUCGCCUCAGCGUCGCGCCCGGUAACUUUGUUGCCAUGAAGUACGCCGAGAAUGGCCAUGUCACCCUGCCGGACAACCAGAAGGGUAAGCCCGAGAAGGGUGGUACCGUCUUCGUCUACGGAACUACUGAGCCCAAGGAGGACGAGAAGCUCAUGACUGUGAUCGAGUGGACCAAGGACGGCACCGGCGGCGAUAAGCGCGGAAAGUUGCUUGCGACCAACAACUACGACGAUGGCCGCUGCUACCAGAUCAACUCGAGCCCCAUCUCCACAAAGCGCCAGAAGGAGUUUCCCGACCCAACCCCCGGCCAACCUGACUCCGUCAACGAGCAGUACUGCGAAACCGACGUGCAGAUUCCCGAGGAUGAGGAGGCCGGCAAGGUUUACACUCUCUACUGGGUGUGGCAAUGGCCUACUGCCGCGGGCGAGGACCCGACAUACCCUGACGGCAAGGAUGAGUGGUAUACUACUUGCUCUGACGUCGAGCUCACCAGCCCCAAUAGUCUUCAGAGCUUCGCCGCCGGGAGCGCGCAGCAACAGUACAAGCUGGAACAGCAGGAUCCUCAGAGCAAAGCUGUCUCUGAUUACAGUGACCGCUCUGCGCUGACCACCGAUCCUGCCCAGGGAAUGGCUUCUGCCUCGAGCGCCUCUAGUGCUGCCUCGGGCGCUGCGACCACUCCUGCCUUGACUCCAAGCUCGUCGGCUACCAGCGCUGCCACGCCUCCCGCCGGCGGUAGCAUUGAUUCCGAUCUCGAGACCGUCUACGUGACCAUCACUGCUACGCCUUCCACUAAGAGCAUGGUUACUCAGAUGGUCACGGUGACGGGACCUGUUCCACUCGUCACCCAGUACAUAACCAGCACCAUCUCGCUUGAUGCUCGUGGUGCUUCUCGCCGGUCCAAGCUCCAGGCUGGGCCCGAGCGCCGCUCUGUCCACCACCGCCGAGGCGCUGUCAAGGCUGCCAGCGACGAGAAAGAGGAGGAGCAGACAGCGCCGAUUGGCUUCAUAGGCACCGAGGGAAUCGUCACCCGCCAGGCUGCCACCGGUGCUGCCCCUUCAAUGAUGGCUGCGCCGUCGCUGAUGAUGACAAUGAUGAUGCUCUUCACGAUUGCCUACGCCUUUGCGUAG